AUGCUCAUAAAUGGAACAGAAGAUCGCCAGGCAACGCGCGUGUUGAAGCAACCACCUGAACUAGCUAGGGAAGAUCCAGACAAACCUACUCGCCAAGACAAGCAAGAUAAUCUCAUCUGUGCACUUUUAGAUGUUUUGGAUGUGGCUAAACACGCUAAGAUGAGUCCUGAAGCUACUGCGGCAGCACUGGCCGUCAUGAAUGACAGAUUCUACAACACACCUGCUGGCGAAGACGAAGAAGACGAGGAAGAAGACAACCGUUCAGUGCUACCUGGCUGGACUCAGAGGACAAUUCAUCGCACCUCAAACGAAUUCCAGCAAACCCUGUCCGAUAUCGACAUGGACCUAAAUAAGGACCCGGAUCCCAUGCAGAUAGAUCGGCAAAGAAACAAAAUAGCCAAGGCACAUGACGUGCCUAGGAAGUCAUAUGUUCCGGACCCAAGUGACUAUCCGGAUACAAAGGACAACCCGAAUGAAGCGGCUUUCUCUCCAGAAGAGGAGGACUCCGGGGGAGAGGCUGACAUGGAACAUGGUCAGCAGAAAGAAAAGAAUGACAUGGAACAUGGUCAGCAGAAAGAAAAGAAUGAAACCCACCCACCCGUCCCUGAAGAACCCAUGCGAUAUGGGGCCGAUGGCGACUACGAUCAAGACGACACAUAUGAGCAGGCGCACAAGGAUAUACCGCUUGAGUGCCGGCCACUCCCGUGGCACCUGCGUAAGCGCCGGCGUUCGCCGGUUCAACGUUUCAGCUUCGGCACUGACAUCAGCAGGGCGGACUCUCGUUGGGACGAGUCUCUGCUUGUGAUUCCUUCUAUUGGCGAGUUACUCGAGGCGAAUGCUGAGGUUUACGUCAUGCCUGGCGCAACUCAUCAUGUGCGUGCUCACACUCGCUAUAAAGCGUAUCGACGCGGCAAGACCCUGCCGGAGUAUUUCGCUUACGGCGGUACUCACGAGGACUACCGAAACGAUGUUUGGUAUGGCAUUCUGCGCUUCUUGGACCCUGAGCUCUAUGCUCUGCAGCAUGACACAUGA